AUGACAGACUUGUGGUUGAUUUCUAUCCCACUGGACAAGACCAGUUUAACCAGUGUAGAGAAACUCAAGCGCACCAUUUCCAAAACCAACCGGGCCUCCUGCUGCAAGUUCUCCAUUCCAGAUCUCAAGGUGGGAAUACUGGACUGUCUGCUCAGCAGGUCAGAUGAUCUCGUCAAGCUCGACAUGCUGACUGAAAGUGUGAUCAAAAAAACAUGUCAGUGUAUGAAGGAGGUGAUGGAGCAGUCUACCGACAAAGUGCUGGAAAAUGCCUUAGCCAAUGGAGACCACAGUAUGAAUCAGAGAGCCGUCCUGUCACCACUGAAAGCUUACCUCAAGUCUUUGAGGGUGGACCUGGUGAGCUAUGUGACAAAGUUUCAGUGGGACAAAGCCAAGUAUCCCACAGCUCUGCCUCUCUCUAGCCUGGCAGAUAUCAUCAGCAAGGAAGUGUCCCUGAUGGAGACAGAACUGAAAUCCCGAGCUGCAGCAUACAACAGUGUGAAAACAAGCUUACAAAGCCUUAAGCACAAACUAGAUUGGAAUUUGCAAACUCGCAGUCUGAAUGAUAUAGUGAGAAAAGAAGACCUGGUGGUCUCCGAGCACCUCACCACGCUACUGGUAGUGGUUAACAGAGGACGCUACCUGCAGUGGGAGAGGACCUAUGAACCUUUGUCAGAGUUUGUGGUUCCGCUGUCAAGCACACCUCUUCUCAAGACUGGAGGAGUUUUCUCGGUUACACUUUUCAGAAGGGCUGUGUGUGAAUCAAGAGCCAAAGCCCAGGAGAGAAAGUUCACUGUGCGUGAGUACAGCUUUGAUCUGGAGGGGAAGAAGCAGCAGGAGAUGAAGCAACUUAGUGUUCACAAGAAGGAACAAUAUGGAAUCUUUGUGCAUUGGCUGAAGGUUAAUUUCCGUGAGGUGUUUAUGACCUGGAUUCACGUGAAAGCAUUGAGGGCAUUUGUGGAAUCAGUCCUAGGGUAUGGAUUACCUGUGAACUAUCAGGCUCUUCUGCUGCAGACUGACAAUAAACGCUCAAAGAAACUCAGAGAAGAACUUUCCUCACUGUUCAUACAUCUGGACCCCACUGCCAUUGCCAGCAAGAUAGAUGUAAACUGUGACAUCCCAGGACUCUGCCAGCAGGAGUACUUCUCUUGCAUCUGCUUCCACAUCAAUACCAACAUGCUGGAGAUUAGCUAGCAGUCAGCAAAGAGGACCCACACAAUGACCAAGCAAUGGGGGACCUGUCACUCAUGGUGUAGCUUUUUCCAGACCAGUCACUCAGAGCCAAGAGCAUAAAGACCCUCAACACUAAAAUAAAUCAAAUCUGGUGAA